CAACGGGCAAAUGACGUCACGCGAUGUGAACUCGUUUGCGCGGGAAACUUGCGGCCGCGAUGGCGGCUGAGGGAGAAGCCGCGGAGUCGCGGCGAGACGGGGACGAGGAGGAGGGGACGAACCGGAGCUUCGACGAGACGGCGGCCAUGGUGAGUGCCCUGAAGAAGAAGGUGCAUGAGGAGGAGGAGGCCAUUCAGGAACUGCAGCCGGACAUCAAGAAACUGGGGGACUUACUCAGCCUGAAGAAGGUGGAGAGGGAUAAGGUGGUGGCCGUGUGGGCCCAGCUGCAACAGGUGGACUCGGUGUUGGACACGGAGUCGGCGCACGUCGUGGAAGAGGCGGAGAGGAAACUCCGGAUGUUGGACGGCGGGGAGACGUCCAGUCAUCGGGAGGUGGAAGCGAGCAGGCGGGAGCUCUCGCACCUGGAGCUGGGCCUGCAGAAGGAGGUGGCGCGCCUGCGGGACCAGCGGCGAGCCCGGGCGGAGGAGCUGGAGGCGUUGGAGGAACAGGUGGAGGCAUUGAGGGCGGAGGCGCGCAGCGCGGAGGCGCAGUUCAACCACGUGCAAAGCGAGCUAGGCAGCAGGUGGAAGCAGCGGCAACCGUCGCUGGGCCUCGCCCUGACACGCGCCGAGGCCGACCGGCAUCUGGACGCGCAUGUCCGGGCCAGCGGCCUUCUCUCCGACAUCGCCGCCAUCCACUCUCCAUGAGGCCUCACGGGGGGGCCGGGAGGUCCAGCCCCAGUGAGUGGCCAUGGGGACCCCAGGAGGGAUGGCUCAUGAGACAGAGGCCAUCAUAGAAGCUCAAAAAAAACCCAACAACCCAGGACCUUUUGUGAGAAUAAUAACAGCAGAGCGGAGAUCUACAUGUGUGAACGCAUCGCCUUCAACAGUAUAUUGUUGUUAUUACACAACUGAAAGGAACCAGGACUUUUAAUGAUCCCAGGAAGAUGCGUCCAGAUUUCUCUGGAUGGCAGCUGCCUGCCUCAACAAGAGGACGGUCCUGGGACAAAGCAGGACAGUUGGCAACCCUUAGGGAGCGGCUCAGGAUGAGUAAGUGCUUUCUCACAGCACUUGCCCCAACAAUCUGU